AUGGAAAUGGUGGAAGAGACAUUGACAAAGAAGCAAAAACAAAUGCUAGUAAUGGAAUACCUCGAUCUCGUUGACGGUCACAAGAAUCUCGUCGAUCUCACCGUCUGCCAACUCAACCAGAAAAAUUUGAUGGAAAUGGUGAGCAGAAUACAGCUGAUGAACCUCAGCCGCUCUACCUUACAAGACGACGGCAUAUUCCCGUGUGGCUGCCUCGCUCUGAAGGAAGUGAUAAAGGACCUCAAAGAUAUCGACUGGAACGAGUGCCAUAUCACCUCUCUCAGCACUCAAAACGCCGCCAAUUCGGCCUCCUCCUCCGCCGUUUUAGUGACGGAGCCAAAGAAGGUUGGAGCCGCUACUUCUGUGUCUAAUACUGGUACUGCCUCCUCCACCGGCACUGUCUCGGUGAAAAAGCCAAAAAAGAAUGCUCGAGUUGCUGCUUCUGUAACUACUGCUGGUACUGCAUCCUCCGCCGGCACCAACAGCGCCGUUUCACUGAAGAAUCCUUCUGGUACUUCUGUUGCUGCUGGAAGUACCACUGUUAGAGCGAGAGGACUGUUUCCUGGAUUAUGUUUGAAGAGAGGUGAGGAUAAUAUUGUCGUUGUAAUCUGA